AUGGCUUUCCAAAAGGAAGUCCAUAAAGCCAACCACCAAAUUAAGCAUAAAGCCAAUGAGGCACUGCCCCCAAGCAUUAUAAUCAGGGACACAAUUACAAUGGUCGAGCCCGCUUGUCGACCAAGCCUUCCCUCAAAGGCAGCUCAAAAGAUGAGAAUUCAUCGAGUCCGUGAAAGCCUUAUUAAAGAGCCUUCUACGCUGGAGGAGAUUUGUAUUCCGGAACACAUUAAGUAUACCGACGGUGAGCUUUUUGUGCUUUCCGAGGAUUCAUACCCGGGCGGCAAGAACAUUUUGUUGGGCACAAGGCAAACCAUCCAGCUUUUGUCUGAGGCAAAAUGCUGGCUGGUGGAUGGUACAUUUGCAGUGGUGCCAACAAUAAUGGGGCAAUUGUUUUCCGUACAUGGCCAUAUUGAUGGAAUUGUUGUCCCCCUUGUCUACUGCCUAAUGAGCCGGAAGUCGAAGGAGGCGUAUGAAGAAUUUUGGCUCCAACUCCUCAAAUGCGCCUGCGAAUUAAAUAUAUCGCUUAAUCCAGAAAGGAUAAUUUCGGACUUCGAAAUGGCCAUCAUAAGAUCCGCCCAAACAUUUUUUCCAAACACCCAGACCAACGGGUGUCUAUUUCAUUUUGGCCAAAUAAUUUGGCGGAAAGUCCAAAAUUUGAGCUUUCAAGUGAAAUAUGGGCAAAAUGAAAAUUUUGCCAUGGAAAUACGGAUGAUAAAAGCACUGGCUUUUGUGCCGCCAGGCGAGGUUCUGGAAUAUUUUGAGGCAGCAUACGGGGCCUUGGAAUUUGCCGAAAGCAAGACGCUGGCAAAGUGGUUCAAAAGAAACUACUUGGGGAGCUCUUCAUCAAGACCUCGAUACAGUCCAGACUUUUGGACAACGGGUGCUGCUAGUGAAACUAGUUUUCCUAGAACCCAAAACAGUGUCGAGGCAUGGCAUAGACGGCUUAAGGUCGUAGUAAGCCAAAGACAUGCAGGCCUCUACAAGUUGAUUGGGGACCUCUCAAAAGAAUGCAUUGUUGCAAAACUGUCAGUUGAGAGAGUUCGGCGGGGAGAAGAGUCACCAACAACCAAGGCAGUAAAGAAGAACGAAAAGCUGCAGAGAGUGUUGAGCAGGAGGACAUCAGGCGACAAAGUCCAGUAUUUAAGAAAUGUUGCUCACAAUCUUAGUUUGGCAUAG